UGGCCCCGCGUUGCUGCUGCACAUUUGACACACCGUAGAAGAAGAGUUAGCAUUGUAAACACAAAGAUAUGGCUGACGAGAGGGGUGGAGGUGAGGAAAACGUUAACGGCAACAUGGGGAACCAGCUGCAGCUUCUACCAGAUAAUGAAAACGAGGGUGAGGAGGAGGAAGAUGACAUGGACACUGAAGAUCGAGAAAGUGAUGAGGCGGAGAAGCCCAACAUCAUCACCUUUGACCCCAGUCUUCCCACAUCUCAUUCUUACCUGGGCUCAGACAUGGAGGAGUUUCAUGGGCGCACAGUACAUGAUGAUGACAGCUGCCAGACCAUCCCCGUGCUGCCACACACGGCUGUGAUGCUGGUGCCGGGCCAGACGCUGCCCCUGCAGCUGUUCAGGCCGCAGGAGGUCAGCAUGAUGCGGAGCAUCAUACAGAAAGACCGCACCUUUGCUGUGCUUGCACACAGUGACGGAGGGGAGCCAGAGGCAGAGUUUGGAACAACCGCUGAAAUCUAUGCAUAUCGAGAGGAGCAGGAGUACGGCAUUGAGACGGUCAAAGUGAAAGCUGUGGGGAGGCAGAGAUUUAAGGUCCACGAGAUAAGAACUCAGGCAGAUGGCAUCAGACAAGCCAAAGUGCAGAUCCUUCCUGAGCGAAUCCUGCCAGACCCCCUCUCUGCCGUGCAGCUGGCGCCCCUGUCGAGGCUCCAUCUGUACCCCUCCUCCAAACCCCCCACCCAGAGCUGCAAACAGACUCAGUGCUGGUGGAAUAACUACGGGCAGAGGAAGUUUCACUGUGCCAGCCUGACGCCAUGGCCACCGUGGGUGUACGCACUCUAUGACUCUGAGUCGCUCAUGAACAGAGUAAAGAAACAGCUCCAUGAAUGGGAUGAGAACCUGAAGGAUGAUUCCCUUCCCACAAACGCCGUAGACUUCUCUUACAGAGUGGCGGCGUGUCUGCCCAUAGAUGACGCUCUGAGGCUCCAGCUGUUGAAGAUUGGCAGCGCCAUUCAGAGACUUCGCUGCGAGCUGGACAUCAUGGACCGGUGUACGUCGCUGUGCUGUAAGCAGUGUCAGGACACAGAAAUCACAACAAAGAAUGAGAUCUUCAGCUUGUCUCUCUAUGGCCCCAUGGCUGCAUACGUGAACCCUCACGGUUACGUCCACGAAACACUGACUGUCUACAAAGCCAACAACCUCAACCUGGUCGGCAGGCCAUCCACGCUGCACAGUUGGUUUCCAGGGUAUGCCUGGACAAUUGCUCAGUGUCGAACCUGCGGCUCUCAUAUGGGUUGGAAAUUCACAGCCACCAAGAAAGACUUGUCUCCGCCUCGUUUUUGGGGUCUGACGCGUUCAGCCAUGCUUCCACGCAUCCCACAGGGCGAGGGGGAGGACGGCAGAGGAGGGUCCCGCCUCUUCUGCCUGUGAUGCCUCCUUUAAACAUCAAAAAGUCCCAGCCAACUUCCCCAAGUCUGGAUCUCCAGUCAGCGUCUGGCCGCUCUUUCUUAGCUACUUACUUGUAAUCACUGCAUCACAGCACCUGUCAUCUCUGGCAGGGGAAUCGAUCACAAUAGUGGAAAGUGCCCGUGAGCCCUAAACGGCAUUCCUGAGAGCUGAUUUGAAGGAGAAUGGAUCUAAUGAAAGCUUUAAAGUGUGGAGGGAGGCAUGACGAGAGCAAUGGUGUAUGAAAAGAAUAGAUUGGACGAACUGGGUCUGUGUUUCUUGUCCCAGCAUGCAGCCUCCUAAUCUGCACCCCUCUCUGGCUGUUCAUCAAGAUAUAGCUGCAGGUUCACACAAACAUAAAGGUGUGCUGAAUGCACAGUGCUUCAUACCAUCACCUCCUGUCUCCUAAUGCAGUCUGGCUGCAUUUAGCUGCCGCAGAGAUUUGUGAGUUAAAUCAGUAAACUUGCUGUAAAUUCAGCUUGAACUCAGAAUACUCUGUCUGUGUUUGACAACAUGCUCGAGCCCAUAGCCCGUGAAAAAAACACAUCUGGAUGAAAGGGCCCUAAUGUGUAGGUAGAAUUAGAACCCCCAGGGAGACAUUUUCAACAGUGGAAUUAAAUUUGAUGUAUUUUUGUAUGCAAGAGAAUCUGAAAUGGGUUAAAGAUAUUUGUUGGGGUGUAAAAAAGUGGGCAGUUUGUUUUAACAUUUUCUUUUGUUUUUAUAAGCAAAAGAAAGUGGAUAAUAGUGGGGAGGGCAUCUGUACCCCGGGGAAUCUUUUUUGUUUUGUAUUGGACAGAAACCCGUCUGGUGAAAUGGUUCACAAACACUAUCUCUGGUUGCACCAUUCAGAAUUAGAUAUGUAUCAGUGCCUCAGGACAGACUUUUUCACAAAGGUCAAAGAUGAUUAAGGAAAAAGAGCAAGAGAGCAAGCAUUUACCUGUGUAUUUAUCAUAGUGUGUGGCAUGUUAAAAUGCUGUUUGUUCUCCUGCUUAGUGUCUUUUCUUAUGUUUGAGCAACACCAGGCAGCGAUAAGAUGCAGACCUUUAAAUUCUUUUUGAGUUUGUGCUUUCAGUUUUCCUGUUGUAUUUGAUUUAUUUGUUUAGACUUUGCUGCCGAGCGCCAGCUCACGUUUGUAUAAUACAACUGUAUUAUAAUAUAGCAAUUAAGGACUUAGCUUUGUUCCUCAAUAUGACUGUUGUUCUGUAGUUUGUUUAACCUAACUUAUUUUUCAGAGGUCUUCUUUUACAGAAGAGUAUCGGCAGAUAAUCUUUUCAUCGGUAAACAGAAAAAUGGAACACGGUGAGACAUGUGCCUAAGCCAAUUUAUUGAUUACAGCUGAAGUUUUUGGGAAAUACAUUUUACUUCCUAUCUUUUUAUUGAAAGAUGGUGAUGACUGAUAUCAUCUCAAACCGGAGCAAUGGCUUGUACCUUUUGUCUGUGAAAAAGAAAAAAAAAUGCAGUAGCUGAAUACAAUUGUUUGUAUGAGGGUUAUUUUCAACUCUUCACAGUGAGCUGAUCUGAGCCGGUCCAGCCUCCCGUCUGAUUGCUGGCUUAUUUCAGACCGAUUAUUUACUGAUGAAAAACUUUUUUCUUUAGAGAAUUAAAUAUUCACACAUUAUUUUUUGUUUUAAGUACCUGCAAUAUCACAUAGGAUUCCAGAGUUGGGCUAUCACUUCACCCAGAAGCGAUCUAAUCCUUGAUCCUCCUGCUCCUGUGAUUCUCCCUCAAAAGUUUAAUCAUGUGGACCUCCUCAGAGAGUCGAUUUAAAAUCACAUUUCAAAGCCUUAAAAUUCUCAAGUUUCAUAUCAUAGUUGUUAAGGAGACGUUUUCCCUAUGAGAGGAUCAACGGAAAUCCAAAUGGCAGCGUUUUAAUCAAACGUUUUUGUUUAAUUGUAUGCCUGGCUAUCAGAUUAUCAUUCGACUAUAAAGCUAUAAAAUUAACGCUUCACUGAGGAUAUCAGUUGCCUGGUUCCAGAGAAGGUCUUUGCUUGUUUUUCCAUUUCAGUUAAUGUAUCACAGAGUAAAAUAAACAUGCAGGUUAAAAACAUAGACGGUUUGUCUGAUUCUCAUGCUUCCUACCAUUAUCUUAAGGACCC